AUUAAACAGCUAAUGGAGUCGCACUCAGUCGCACAGUCAUCGAUGGACCAUCAACAUUCGGAACAUCCUUCGGGGAGUGCCGAGAAAAAAAUGAUAACACCACAAAUAAUCCAAACGGAGUCUGAACAUUCGAAUCUUUUAGUGGAAAUACCAGAUCCUCAUGAAAAUAUACGAAACCAUCAUCCAUACCCCAACUUCAGCCAGCAACAUUUGUUAUCAUCACCUUUAAAAUAUAAAACUGAACCUGAGUAUCAAUCGAGCGUACAAGUCACUGAACAGUCAUCAAGUUCAAGUUCUUCGAAAAAGCCCAAAAAAGAAAUUGAUAGUACUAAAGCGUACAAAUGUCCAUUAUGUGCUUAUAGUUUCAAUAGACGUGAUCAUUUAACAAGGCAUUCACUUGUUCACAGUAAACUAAAGCCGUACCAUUGCACUUACUGUUCGAAAGACUUCACUAGAAAUGAUCAUCUGAGGAGACAUCAACAAAGGGUUCAUGGGGAAGAAACUGCGGCUGCUGCAGCUUCCAUGCCUGAUAUAACACAACGUUUUGUUUGUCAGGAGUGUAAAGCUAUAUUCACAAGUUCUGGUCAUUUAAGAGUUCACAUGGAAAAUAAGCAUCACAGUGAUUUCACCGAUUUCAUUAAUCAGCAUCAUGAUCAAACACAGUUGAAACUUCACUCUCAAGAUGGUUCGUAUGUCAUUGUAGAUGGCAAAAAGCGACCAGUAUGUCAAUUAUGCAGCAAAUCUUUUGCAAAAAAAGAUCAUCUUAGGCGCCAUAUAAAUAAUAUACAUGCUGGAAUAACAACAUCAUCUUUUGACCAAUUCACACCGGAGCAAAGCUUCAAUUGUACUUUAUGUGGUAAACGAUUUUCUCGCCCUGAAUUUUUACGCCGCCAUUUGGAUGAUGUUCAUAAUCAUUCUGGUCAUAUGGAAAUAAUCAAUCAUUUAAGUUCUAAUAACCCUUACAAUGGACAAGGAAAUUCGUCAACAACAAUCGAUCCAAUGUUUCCUGUUCCACCCCCACACUUGAAUUCAAUGUUUGGAUUGACAAGUUUUGAAAACACAUCUACACCUAUAGCAACAUCUACACCAAUUAAAGUCAAAAAUACCACAUUAAAGACCCAUAGUUGCAAUAUAUGUUCGAAGAAUUUUACUCGUCGUUAUCAUUUAACGCGACAUCAAAAGACUUUACACGGAGGUGUUUUCGACAACCCUCAACAAAAUAAUUGUGAAACUGAUACACGACGUGCUGAAUAUAAUUCCCAUCGGUCUGAAGCAUCCUCUAGAACAGAUUACGAUAGCCCUCGCCCGCAGUAG